AUGUCGCUCAUCCAUUUCAUACUGGGCGUUCUUUCCCUCCUAGGUCCAAACGUCCUCGCCUCGCCGACAAAGACACUCCAACCCGAGCACGCCCACGAGGCUCGCCGCGAACGCCCCAACUACAAUGCACCAGCAGCCCCAACCUAUGAGGCCGUCACUCUCGUCGACUACGAGGUGAGCUGCCCGCGGAACGUGACGGAAGACCCCAAGUAUGGACGGCACUGUUUGCGCUUCAGCUCGUGCUGUGGAUCCCGUUACGUCCCUCCCGACAUACAGCCUCACGAGUGCGGCGGCUGUGCGUGUAUUGGUCACAAUAGGGUCUAUGAGUUUUCGCCUUAG